AUGAGCCUGCUCCAAUUCCUUCGACACACCCGCCAGGUGCACCUCCAAUUUCUCUCCGGUGUACGAACCGAGUCUCCCAUCUACGUCGUGGGCAAUCCCUCAGCCGAUCUCGACUCGAUCGUCUCCGCCAUCGUCUACUCCUACUGCGCCGACAACCGUCUCCCGACCACAACCCCACGGCCCCAUGUACCCGUCCUCAACCUCCCCAAUGUGCCCGCAGGCCCGGAGCUCUUCCGGCUACGACCCGAAUUCGUGACGGCAUUAUGGCUGUCGACCAAUUGCCCUCCCACGAGAAGUGAUGAGUGUUUUGAGAAUACCUCCGACUCGGCGGGGACGCUGCUGCGCGAGCACCUGGUCACCGUCGCGGACUUUGCACAGGGCCUGAAGGAUCGGAAGGGUUCGUCCAAACUCGUCGCAGAUGCGACAAUGGUCGACUGGAAUGCGAUGCCGUACCGUGCGGACAGUGAACCGGGGCAAGGGUCGCUGAGCGGCCUGUCGGACGUGGCGUUUCGGACCCUGGGGUGUAUUGACCACCACGUCGACGAGCACUUUGUGCCCCGCGCCGAUGCGCUGCCAGCUGACCAGCCGCUCAUUGUCAAGCCGGGCCCCGGAUCGUGCGCGUCACUGAUCACGAACGAACUGGAACGACGAGGUCUCUGGAAACGGGACGCGGCGUCAACGGCGGACAUCGCGCAGGUCGCCAAGCUGGCGCUUUCAGCCGUGCUAAUCGACACAUCGAACCUCACUGCCGAAGGGAAAGUCACUGAGACGGAUGUCCAUGCCGUUGAUUUUCUGCGCCGUCAGAUCGAAUCUCGCUCCCCAGACACGGCCACCCCUUCCCCGGGCUCAACAGGGGACCUGACCGCCUUUUACGAACAGAUCCUCAACACAAAGCAAAACAGUCUCGAUCUACUGACCCUGGAUGAGGUCCUGGGCCGUGACUUCAAAGACUGGACCGAGACGGCGCGGUCGUCUGGGGAGAGCAUCAAGCUUGGGUUCUGCUCUUCCGUCAAGCCCAUGCAGUGGAUCGUUCAGAAAGCGGGCGGACCGCAGUCGUUCCUGGAUGCGGUGCAUUCGUUUGCUGCCGCCGAGGACAAGCAGCUGGAUGUAGUAAUUGUAAUGACGGCGUUCACGUCAGCUGCCGAGGCCCCGUUCUGUCGAGAGCUGUUCGUCUGCGCGACGCGCAAAGCUGGGUCGGCCAUUGCAGGCGCCGAGGCCUUUGUUGCGCAGGCAGCGUCGCAACUUGGUCUCGUGGAUUGGACGCCUCUGGAUGGUGCUGUCGAGCGAACAGAUCCUGAUCUGCACUCGACAUUAAACGGGAACUCGCCGGUUUGGAGGCGGCUUUGGGUACAAACCAAUGUGUCGGCGAGUCGAAAGCAGGUGGCUCCUUUGUUGCGGACGGCUAUGGCCAAGCUAUAA